UGAGUCAGCUGACCAGCGUACGCGUAGGAGGAAUCUGAAGUCCGGCCGGCCGGACUGACCCAGCUAAGGGGCUGGCUGGACGGCCGACGGACGGACAGGCUGGGGCGCCCUCGGCGGCGUUAGCUGAGCAGAGGCAGGAUUUCCCUGGGGAGAAUCUUCACUCAGAGCUUGCUGACAGCCAAGGAUGGCAAGCAAAGGGCCCUCGGCCUCUGCAUCUCCUGAGAACUCUAGUGCAGGGGGGCCCAGCGGCAGCAGCAAUGGCGCUGGUGAGAGCGGAGGGCAGGACAGCACCUUCGAGUGCAACAUCUGCCUGGACACAGCCAAGGACGCCGUCAUCAGCCUGUGUGGCCACCUCUUCUGUUGGCCAUGUUUACAUCAGUGGUUGGAGACGAGACCUAACAGACAGGUGUGUCCAGUUUGCAAAGCUGGCAUCAGCCGCGACAAGGUGAUUCCCCUCUAUGGCAGGGGCAGCACUGGGCAGCAGGACCCCAGAGAGAAGACUCCUCCCCGUCCUCAAGGACAGAGGCCAGAACCGGAGAACAGAGGGGGAUUUCAAGGGUUUGGAUUUGGAGAUGGUGGCUUCCAGAUGUCUUUUGGAAUUGGGGCAUUUCCCUUUGGCAUAUUUGCCACAGCAUUUAACAUAAACGAUGGGCGGCCUCCUCCAGGUGAAGAUGCCUGGAGGUGUCGGGGCUGUGGAGACCAUGUCGCUCUGAACCAGAGGCUGUACAGGACUGUCAGCGAAGCCUGGCACAGCUCCUGCUUCCGAUGUUCUGAAUGCCAGGAUUCCCUCACCAACUGGUACUACGAGAAGGAUGGGAAGCUAUACUGCCACAAGGACUACUGGGGGAAGUUUGGGGAGUUCUGCCAUGGAUGCUCUCUGCUGAUGACGGGACCUGUCAUGGUGGCCGGGGAGUUCAAGUACCACCCAGAGUGCUUUGCCUGUAUGAGCUGCAAGGUGAUCAUUGAGGAUGGGGAUGCGUACGCCCUGGUGCAGCACGCCACCCUCUACUGUGGGAAAUGCCACAACGAGGUGGUGCUGGCACCCAUGUUUGAGAGGCUCUCCACAGAGUCUGUCCAGGACCAGCUGCCCUAUUCCGUCACACACAUCUCCAUGCCGGCCACCACCGAGGGCAGGCGGGGCUUCUCCGUGUCCGUGGAGAGUGCCUGCUCCAGCUACGCCACCACCGUGCAAGUAAAAGAGGUCAACCGGAUGCACAUCAGUCCCAACAACCGCAAUGCCAUCCACCCUGGGGACCGCAUCCUGGAGAUCAAUGGGACCCCCGUCCGCACACUCCGAGUGGAAGAGGUAGAAGAUGCAAUUAGCCAGACGAGCCAGACGCUUCAGCUCUUGAUUGAACAUGACCCCGUCUCCCAGCGCCUGGACCAGCUGCGGCUGGAUGCACGGCUCUCUCCCCACAUGCAGAAUGCGAGACACUCGGACACCCUCAUCCCCCUGGACACCAAGGAGAAUCUGGAAGGGACACUGAGGAGACGCUCCCUGAGGCGCAGUAACAGCAUCUCCAAGUCCCCUGGCCCCAGCUCCCCAAAGGAGCCCCUCUUGCUCAGCCGUGACAUCAGCCGCUCAGAAUCCCUCCGCUGUUCCAGCAGCUACUCGCAGCAGAUCUUCCGGCCAUGUGACCUGAUCCACGGGGAGGUCCUGGGAAAGGGCUUCUUUGGGCAGGCCAUCAAGCUGGGAGGGGGGGGUCAGGUGACACACAAAGCCACUGGCAAAGUGAUGGUCAUGAAGGAGUUGAUUCGGUGUGACGAGGAGACACAGAAGACUUUUCUGACUGAGGUGAAGGUGAUGCGCAGCCUGGACCAUCCCAACGUGCUCAAGUUCAUCGGCGUGCUGUACAAGGACAAGAAGCUGAACCUGCUGACAGAGUACAUCGAGGGGGGCACGCUGAAGGACUUUCUGCGCAGCGUGGACCCGUUCCCCUGGCAGCAGAAGGUCAGCUUUGCCAAAGGCAUCGCCUCUGGAAUGGCCUAUUUGCAUUCGAUGUGUAUCAUCCACCGGGAUCUGAACUCGCACAACUGCCUCAUCAAGCUGGACAAGACCGUGGUGGUGGCAGACUUUGGGCUGUCACGGCUCAUAGUCGAGGAGAGGAAGAAGCCCCCAGUGGAGAAGGCCACCACCAAGAAGCGUACCUUGCGCAAGAGUGACCGCAAGAAACGCUACACGGUGGUGGGAAACCCCUACUGGAUGGCCCCUGAGAUGCUGAAUGGAAAGAGCUACGAUGAGACCGUGGAUGUCUUCUCUUUUGGGAUUGUCCUCUGUGAGAUCAUCGGGCAGGUGUAUGCAGAUCCUGAUUGCCUGCCCCGAACACUGGACUUCGGCCUCAAUGUGAAGCUCUUCUGGGAGAAGUUUGUCCCCACGGACUGCCCCCCAGCCUUCUUCCCCCUGGCCGCCAUCUGCUGUAGACUGGAGCCCGAGAGCAGACCAGCAUUCUCCAAAUUGGAGGACUCCUUUGAGGCCCUCUCCCUGUACCUUGGGGACCUGGGCAUCCCACUGCCUGCAGAGCUGGAGGAGCUGGACCACACAGUGACCGUGCAAUAUGGCCUGACCCGGGACUCGCCCCCCUAGCCCCGGCCCAGCCCCCUGCGGGGGGGCGUUCCACAGCCAGCACUGCCCCCUCUGCGCCCCAUCCCUGCUGUGGGCAGGGCCUUCCGCGCUUCCUGUGGAUUGGCAGCUUGUUUAGAAGCAGAACCAGCCAUCCCUACUACCUCCCCAGGAGGCGAGCGGGUGCAGCACCAGGGAAGCCACCUCCGCCUGGUUACUGUCUGUAAAUCCAACACUCGCCUGAAAGCUGUGAAGAAGAAAACAAACUAACAAACAAAAAAAAAGCCUGGUCCCCGUGCCAGGAGGAAUCUGUUACUCAUGACCACUCGGGAACUCCCUGGCAGUGGAUUCCGGGAGGCUCUUGCUUACACUAAUCAUUGUGACCUGGACCUGCUGGGCAGGAUCCCAGGUGCACCUGCCUGUGGGCUCUGAAGCCUCUGAUCCAGCUGGUGCAGAAGGACUUCUCAUGAGAGCGUGGCGGAGUGAGCGGCCAUCCAAGGAUGUGAAGUGACAGUGGUGCUACCCUCUUCCACGCCACAUCCUGCCCUCCCCUGGGCAGGGUCAAGGGAGUAGGUUUUGAAGGGUCCCUUAGUCGGUUUGUAGUGUGUCCGGCCAGGAGUCAGGGGAAGGGCUGGUUUCUGUUCAUCUCCCGGGCCCAGGGGCCACAUCAGCUCGAGGGGGAGCUUCCCCCCGUGUUCUCAAACUGAGCGGCUGGAGACUGGCUGGGAACUUCCUUUCUGCCUCCCACAAGCAGUCAGCCGCAAGUGCAGGAAGAGGCUGGGGCUGGAAGGAAAGAGGCCCUGCCUGCUAGAAAGCUCUAGUAUCCUGGCUGCUGUCACUCACACCCUGGUAGGCACCUCAGGAGCCUGGGAUUUUGCUAGGUGGGUUCUGGAGGACAGUGUGGCUGGUCGCAGGCCCAGUGUAUGGGGCGGGGUGCUGGGAAUCUCAGCAGUCUCCCAGCCUUGUCCUCGUGGCAGCCGAUGCUCACCCCUCACUGUGCCUGAUCCAGGCAGCAGCUUGGGUGGCAAGAUGUGGUGGCAGAGUCCCAGAGCGGAGGUGCUGCGGGGGACAUCUCCCCGAGCCGGGCUUUCUGGCUUCUACCUCCCAUGUUGGCUGGCCCAGCUCAUGAGCUCCUGGCCCCAGUCUCCUGAGCCACAGCUCACAGCUGUGGGUGCUGAAAAGCCCAGGGGACACCCUCUACCCUGGCUUCCAGAGCUGGGGUGGGGGUCUUGAAUACAAGUAGAUUUGCCUCCCCAUAAGUGGGACCUUGCACCAUAUUUAACAGAUUAGGAGUGGGUUUGGGAUCUUACUGCAAUGGUGGUUAUAUU